GAUCAAGAGGCAACAAUGAAAAAUCAUACAACAGUGACAGUGUUUAUCUUAGUAGGAUUGACAGAGGACCCAGAAUUGAAGAUUGUGCUAUUUAUCUUCCUGCUUUUCACUUACUUGCUAAGCAUCUCAGGCAACUUGACUAUUAUUACCCUCACUUUACUGGAUUCUCACCUCAAAACACCUAUGUAUUUUUUUCUUCGAAAUUUUUCACUCUUAGAAAUUUCUUAUACAACAGUCUGCAUCCCCAAAUUGCUUGUUACCAUGGCAACCGGGGACAAAACCAUUUCCUAUAACUGCUGUGCAGCUCAGCUAUUUUUCGCCUUCCUUCUUGGUGCAUCUGAAUUUUACCUCCUGGCUGUCAUGUCCUAUGACCGUUAUGUCGCCAUCUGUAAGCCCCUGCACUAUACCAACAUCAUGAGCACCAAAAUCUGUAUCCAGCUGGUCCUUAGCUCUUGGAUCGCUGGUUUCCUCAUUAUUUUUCCAGGACUCAUUUUAGGCUUAAACCUGGAUUUCUGUGACUCCAACAUCAUCGAUCAUUUCUACUGUGAUACGGCUCCUCUCCUGAAAAUAUCCUGCACAGACACACAAUUGCUGGAAAUGAUGAGUUUCGUCUUAGCCUUGGUUACUCUCCUGGUCACUUUGGUAUUGGUAAUCCUAUCAUACACAUAUAUUGCUCUGACAAUUAUAAAAAUUCCUUCUGCCAACCAGAGAAAAAAGGCUUUUUCCACUUGUUCCUCUCACAUGAUUGUCAUCUCCCUCUCAUACGGCAGCUGCAUCUUUAUGUACAUGAAACCCUCGGUCAAACAGGGGAUAUCCUUAAUGAAGGGAGUUGCAGUUCUCAAUACCUCUGUUGCCCCACUUCUGAACCCUUUUAUUUAUACUCUGAGGAACCAGCAGGUGAAGCAAGCAUUUAAGAACUUGUUACAAAGAGUUCUGUCUUUACGCAAGUAG